AUGAUUUGCCGUAGUGAAUCCCAACUUCAUCUUGACUCUCAGCUGCCGCGGAUAAUGAUUUCCGGUCAAGUGAAUAGGUAUAACCUUCCGAGAUUAACCGUGAGCCACCCAAGCCAAGAAACUAUUCUCCGUCAUGGCGCCGUCCGCAAUCGCAGAAGAGAUGAAUGCGUCAGCCGUCGCACCCGGCUCGAAGAGUGGCACCGAAAGGUCAACGCCAAGGUCCCUGGCUAUGCGGUCCCCUUGGAUGCCCUGUCCCAAGAGGCGGCGUCUCAUCUGGAUCCCUUUUACGAAAUCAUUGAGCAGCCGAUCGGUACUCGUCGUCCGAUACGUGUAGCUUGCCUAGGUGCCGGGUACUCCGGCCUGAUGAUGAGCAUCGUGUUCAGCGAGAAGAUGCAAGGCAAGAAUACCGAUCUCGUGGUGUACGAGAGGAACGAGGACCUUGGUGGCACUUGGUUCGAGAAUAGGUACCCGGGCUGCAAAUGUGAUAUCCCAGCCCACAAUUAUGCGUACAGCUUUGCGGCCAAGCCAGACUGGCCCAACUACUACGCAACCUCGCAGCAGAUUCAUCAAUACAUGCAUGAUGUUGCAGACAAGUAUGACUGCAACAAGUACAUCAAGCUCCGGCAUUCAAUCCAAGCUGCCACCUGGGAUGAGGCAAAGGCCAAAUGGGUGUUGCAGGUGCAGGACAGCGAGGGCAAGUUGUUUUCCGAUGAGGUGGACGUGUUCAUCAAUGCCGGCGGCGUGCUCAACAAUUGGAAAUGGCCCAAUAUUACCGGUAUCGAAACCUUCAAAGGGAAGCUGGUCCACUCCGCCCGCUGGGAUCAGGACUACGACUUCGAGGGCAAACGUGUCGCAGUUAUUGGUAUUGGCUCAUCGGGCAUCCAGAUCGUCCCUAAGCUUGCUAAAAUCUGCAGCUCAAUGGAUCUCUUCGUGCGAUCGAAGACUUGGAUCUCUCCUGCUCCCGGCAUCAACGAGCCGACUGACCAGGACCCCGACAUGGACCCAGAAUACAACUUCACCGAGGGCAGCCUUGAGCUUUUCAAAGACCCCGAGGUUCUCCGCAGCUAUCGCGCAGCCAUCAUGGACCGCCGAAUCGACAAUUUCAAGCGGGCCAUGGCAGACAGUGACAUCCAGAAGAGAGCCCAAGAACUGUUCCGAAAGAGCAUGACUGAGCGGUUGGGAGAUACGGAAAAGGGCCGCAAGGCGGCUGAAAUGUUGCUCCCCGACUUCCCCGUCGGGUGUCGAAGGCAAACACCAGGCCCCGGCUUCCUCGAGGCAUUGAUCCAAGAUAACAUUGAAAUGCGCUGGGACGAUGUUGAUAGCUGCACGGAGAGGGGAAUCAAGACGAGAUCGGGCGAAGAGAGGGAAUACGAUGUCAUCGUUUGCGCAACAGGGUUCGACACCACUUUCCGGCCCGCCUUUCCCAUCGUGGGACGCAACGGGGUCGACCUGGCUCAAAAGUGGAGCGUGGACCGGCCAAAGGCAUACUUUGGAGUAUCUGUCCCCGACAUGCCCAACUAUUUCUGCUUUGUGGGCCCCAACAGCCCCAUCAGCAACGGGUCGCUUGUCCUCGGCAUCCAAACAACAGCCAUCUACGUGUACAAGUGGCUGGAAAAGCUCCAGACGGAAGGUAUCAGGAGCUUCGAAGUGCACGCGGAUGUCAAUGAGGAGUACAACCAACACAUUCAAAAAUAUUUGGAGCGCACUGUCUGGACGCGCGGCUGCCGCAGCUGGUAUAAGCGCGGUACGAUUGAUGGGCCUGUUAUCGCCAUCUACGGCGGUACUACCUUCCAUUUUAUGGAAGCCCUGAAGAACCCACGUUGGGAGGACUUCAAGAUGGAUGCUACCGGACUAGCUAAGGCCAAUCGCUUUGCUUAUCUCGGCGAUGGUUUUAGCCAAAGGGAGACGAGAGGAGAGUCAAUUGGCGCCACGCAGACUUUGGAUUUGGAUGAGUACUGGAAGUUAUUUGUUCUUCCAGAGGUCCAUAGCUAA